CGUGAAUGACAUCAUCCCGCACAGUACAGUACGAAUCUGAGCUGGCAAAAUGGAUUAUUCUGGAAAAGAAAAAGAAGCUCUGGCUAUUGUGGCCGAGGCAGACAAAAAGACGAAAAUGUCGCGUUCAGUGUUUGGAUCGUUUUUGGGGAAUUCCUCCAAAAUCGAGGAGUACUGUGACAUGUAUGUUAGAGCUGCCAACAUGUUCAAGAUGGCAAAGAACUGGAGUGCUGCGGGAGAUGCUUUCUGCAAAGCUGCACGACUGCAUUUGCGAGCGCAAAGUAAGCACAAUGCAGCCGUCAAUUUCAUUGAUGCUGGCAAUGCCUACAAGAAGGCUGAUCCUCAAGAGGCCAUAAGUUGUUUCGGUAAGGCCACUGACAUCUACACGGAUAUGGGACGUUUCAACAUUGCUGCGAAGCACCAUAUAUCUGUGGCUGAAAUCUAUGAAUCUGAGUUAUUAGACAUACACAAAGCUCUUGCUCAUUAUGAACAGGCAGCAGAUUAUUACAAAGGAGAAGAGUCCACCAGCGCAGCCAACAAGUGUCUGCUGAAAGUGGCAACCUAUGCAGCCCAAAUGGAACAGUAUCAGAAAGCCAUUGAAAUAUUUGAGCAGAUUGGAACCUAUUCCAUGGAUACUACACUAUUGAAGUAUGCUGCAAAAGACUAUUUCUUUAAAGCGGCCCUCUGUCACUUCUGCGUGGAUAUGCUCAACUGCAAGCUGGCUGUACAGAAGUAUGAGGACAUAUAUCCUGCAUUCACAGAUGCUAGAGAGUGCAAACUUCUUAAGAAGCUUUUUGAUGCACAUGAUGAGCAGAACACUGAGGCAUACACUGAAGCAAUCAGGGAAUUUGACUCAAUCACCAGAUCUGAUAAAUGGCAGACCACCAUGUUGCUCAGAAUCAAAAAGACCAUUCAGGAUGAGGAGAAUGACCUUCGUUAGUGUGAAGUCAUGAUUCCAAACAGACCACCCAUUUACAUCUUUCGUUAACAAUGAUUCCUUUAACUUACUGUGUUUAUUAUUUAUUCACUAUGUAACUUGCACUUUGUCCUUUUUCCCCAAAUCAUGCUGUGUUUAAAGAACUACAUAUCCCAAAGAACACAGUGAGGUCUUUUAGAAUGACAUUGGAUGGGGUUUAUUUUACAAGAUUUUAACUUUACUUUGUUAUUAUUGCUGUGUCAUUACAUAUUAUAUACAGGCCUGUGUAGUAUCAGUAUUUAUGUGUUAUUAGUUUGUUAAACAUUUGUUAAAGAUCCAGUCACAUCUGGGCUUACGUACAGAUAAACAUGUAUUGUUAGUGAUUAUGAUGUUGCUAAAUUCUAUCUUUCAGAAGUAAAUCAACACUAAUUGCGGUUUUCCUCUAUAGAGGAAAGUGCCAAUUUUCUUCAGUUAGAUUGUUAACAAACUAAUUUAAGAAUUUGUUAACUUAUUCUAACAUUAAUAUUAUUACUAUUUCAAUUUUUGUACCACGACAUAGCAGAGUGAUUCUGCAUGAGGGAAUCAUUUUCUAGGUCUUAAGAUGACCAGUUCAAUAAGAAUACCUGCAAAGUUGUAUUUAUUUCUUUUCACUUAUUUCUUUUUUCUUUAUAAACAGUUCCUUAAGUUAAAGAAUAUCAAUUAAUGAAACGGGAUAAAAAAUAUGAGACAUAUAGAAUGAAUAUACUUCAGAGAGAAAUUAACUUAAGUGCAAUACAUUUAUUUAUUCUCUUAUAUUUAUUGAUAAUUUAUGCUAAUUCUUGCAAUUCAUGUUGGGCAUUUGGACGAUUGCGUAUGUUCUUGACUCAGUUUACCAAUACUGGAACUUCAACAUGGCAAAAAUAGCACAGCAGAAUUUGCUAAACUGUGUUGAAAACACAGAGUUGUAUAUGUUAGAAGAAAAAGGAUUUUUAAAUUGGCACCAAGUCAGGAAUAACCUAUACUUUAAUCUACUGAGAAAAAUGAUGUUUACAGUGCUACUAAAAAAAUGACUAUAUUUUAUAGUGGCAUGUAUGUAUUCACCAAAUAUGUUAAUUUAAAUUGCUAAUAAAUUAUUUGAACCUA